UAGUGAUUGGUUGGUGAAAUUGAAGGUUGGAGGAGCAGCCAGGAUUAAUUCCCAUUCGGCCCUGAUCCCUCAUUUCAUCUCUUGCUCUUUCGCUCCUCCUGCCAGCUGUCCACCGCUCGCCACCUUUCCCACCCGUCCCCCGUCCGCCGCUCGUCGGCCGUGGAUAUGAAGCGUCAGAAUGGGUUUCAUGGAAUUCUACCUGGAGAUUGACCCGGUCACCCUCAACCUCAUCAUCCUGGUGGCCAGCUAUGUCAUUUUACUGCUGGUCUUCCUUAUCUCCUGCAUCCUGUACGACUGCCGGGGCAAAGACCCCACCAAGGAGUACGCCCCCGACAACGCGCCGCCGCCGCCCAGCCAGUCGCCCAUCCGCCUGGUGGUCAUGCAGAACUCGCCCGCCUCUGCCCGCUACGAGCCCAACCACACGGCGCCCCACGCCGAGCUGCAGACGCCCGACCUGAGCCGUGACCGUGGCGAGCGCGAGAAGAGGAGCACGCUGGUGUGAGGACGGGAGAGGGGGAGGGGCGCGCCCCGGACCCUUGAAUCGUUUUCAACGGCCAUGGAAGGUAAAAACAGGCCUUUGGCGCGACUGCUGAAAUCAAGACUACAAGUCCCACAAUUCCCUGGAACAAUUUCGACUUGCAGCCAAUCAGUGCAGACCCUCGCCCCGCCCAACGCACACUUUGGGACCAAUCGGCUGAAGCUCAAGGGGUCAUGUGACUUGUAGUCCGGAUGUGGCAUCUCAUGGACGUCUGUCUGCGCUGGUCUGAUAAGGGACCUGAUUGGUUGUUCGGACCAGAAAAUGACCAUAUAUGGAAAUGAGGCUACUUUAAUGUAAAAUACGGUGUAUUUUGACGUUCUUAAAAAGACAUUUGAUCACAGGAAGUGACCAUAUAUGGAAAAGGGGCUACUUUAAUGUAAACUAUGCUGUAUUUUGACGUUCUUAAAAAUAAAUUUAAACACAGGAAGUGACCAUAUUUGGAAAAUAGGCUACGUAAAUGUAAAAUAUGCUGUAUUUUGACGUUCUUAAAAAUGCAUUUAAACACAGGAAGUGACCAUAUAUGGAAAAGAGGCUACUUUAAUGUAAAAUACACUGUAUUUUGACGUUCUUAAAAAGACAUUUGAUCACAGGAAGUGACCAUAUUUGGAAAAGAGGCUACUUUAAUGUAAAAUAAGCUGUAUUUUGACGUUCUUAAAAAUACAUUUAAACACAGGAAGUGACCAUAUUUGUAAAAGAGGCUACUUUAAUGUAAAAUAAGCUGUAUUUUGACGUUCUUAAAAAUACAUUUAUACACAGGAAGUGACCAUAUUUGGAAAAGAGGCUACCUAAAUGUAAAAUAUGCUGUAUUUUGACGUUCUUAAUAAGACAUUUGAUCACAUUAUUAAAGUUUAACAGUGGAUUUUUUUAUGAUAAGCACUACUAGGAGUUUGUUGUUAGCCAUCUUAGCCAGGAAAGCUAAUAUUAGCCAUUAACUGCUAAGUGGACAAAUAAUAUGGUCACACCAAGCUAAUUUUUAGCCAAAAAAUGUU